AUGGAGAAGGAGGCCGCGGGGGAGGCGCGCGAAUCCCAUGGGACCGCACGGAAGCGGGCACGGACCGGCGGCGGCAAGGAUUUCAUUGCCAGGCUCUCCGACGACAUCCUCGGCACCAUCAUCUCCCUCCUCCCCACCAAGGACGGCGGCCGCACGCCCGUCCUCUCCUGCCAAUGGCGCCACCUCUGGCGCUCCGCGCCUCUCAACCUCGAGGUCAGCAUCCGACCCCCCGGCGCCGCCGGCCCCGUCCUCACCCCCUCCCGCGUCCAACCCUCUGCCGUCUCCCAGAUAAUCUCCCAGCACCAUGGCCCCGCGCGCCGGUUCUCCUUCCACUGCCGCGGCGCCGGCGACCUCUGCGCCCAGGCGGAGAGCUGGCUUCACUCCCGGGCCCUCGCCAACGUCGAGGAGCUCGACAUCGCUCACGCCAACCCGCGGCUGCUGGCGUCAGUGCUCCGCUCCGCAUCCACCACCAUCCUGGCUGCCAAGAUCAAUGGUUGUGAUUUCCCCCACGAGAUCGUGCUGGCCAUGAAUUUCCCCAGUCUCAAGAAGCUCACCCUGUUUCACACUUCCAUCUCAGAGGACGUCUUGCACGCGCUGCUCUCCGGCUGCCAUGCCUUGGAGAGCUUAUACAUGGCCGAAGUUUCUGCUGCUUGUCGCCUCCGUGUUAGCUCGCCGACUCUUAAGACCAUUAUCUUCAGCCAUAGCUCUAGUGAAAUGGCACAACUGGUGAUCUUGGAUGCUCCUCGCCUUGUAAGGCUGCUGUUGCCGUAUUAUUACGGAAGCGAUCGUGUGACUAUCAGGGUAGCUGGGGCGCCUAUGCUGGAGAUAUUGGGCCCUUUCAUAGCCGCCGUCUCCAAUAUCCUACUCUUUCAGGGAAUAAGCCCGGUCAGCUCGGCAAACUCGAUGCGCACCAUAAAGGUUUUGGCUCUCAGAUCUUCUGCAGAUAAGUUGCAUGCGGUUCUUAACAUCCUCAGGUGGUUCCCCUGUUUGGAGAGGCUCCAUGUCACUUUUGGUAAACACUAUGAUAUGGAUCAGCAAAAUGAGCCUCAACAUCACCCACUACAUCCAAUCGAAUGCCUUGAGGCCCAUCUCAAAAAAGUGGCGUUUAAGCCAUUCCAGGGCUAUGGGAAACAGGUUGAAUUUGCCAAGUUCUUUGUAUUGAAUGCAAAGCUGCUACAAGUGGAAAAUAGAGCCUCUCGACACGCUCGGUUUGUAUUCAAGAUUAUUUCAUACUGACUGAGUACCAUGUCAAUAAGCAUAAGCAUGAUUGGUCAGUCAGUAGCCGACCCCUUCCGACAGCCUUAGACAGGGUUAAUGUUUGAAGAUUGAAGUGUCUUGUGCUCAUUUGGUAGGUGGUGUUGAUGCCUAAAGAUUGCACCAUCUUCCGCUGUCUGCUCUGUUUCUAGUCUAUAGUUGCUUUGUAGUUCCAGUAACUUAUUGUAUUGAAGUUUGAGUUUUACUGAAUGUAACUUAGUGCCAUCUGUCUUGUACAAAUUAGCUACUCCCUCUGUAAAGAAAUAUAAGAUCUUUUAGAUCACUAGCUAGUAAUUUUACUCUUUCCUAGAGCAAUUAAAGCAUUGGAUUUGGCCAAGGACCUGAAAAUAAUGUUGGCUUUGGCAGGGAUCCUUGUGUGUACUGCUUCAUGCUUGUCAACUUGUUUUCUGCAUUGCUGCCAGAGAGAUUUAGUUUUUCAAGACAUGUUUGUUGCUUUCAAAACCAGGCUUUUGCUGGAUCCUUGUCACUGUGAUCUGUUGGUGGGGUAGGCUAUCCUUAGGUAGAAGAGAUCCGAGUUCUUUAAAGUACGGUUUUGACUAGAUUGGCUCCAUUUUUGUUGCUGGACGUGCAUAGUUUUCCAGUAGUGAGUGGCCUGUUGUAGAGCUAUGGUGUUUUUAUUAGGGCAUAUACAAUGGUUGAUAUGAUAAUUGUAUCUUAAACCUUGCAUGUAAUUUAGAGCUAUGAUAUCCUGCGCGUGCUGUAAUAAGCCGUGAUCAUGGUUCAUGAAUGAAUGCCCUUCAGCUUCAGGCCUUCACGUGGAUGGUACUACUGUACUUCGCUCGUGCGAAAACUCCGUGCCGCGUAAGGGCGUCUACAUCAGAUGCCAGAAAUGGCGGCCGCGCUAAAAUAAACUGCCAUGUUGAGUCGCUUUUUGGAAAGAAAAGAAAACGUCUCCAGCCGAUGUACUGCAGGGUGCUCGACUUUUUUUUACGUCAUGCCUAAGUUUUGCUAAAAAGUGAUGCAAAUAUACCUCACCACUACCUACUGCCCUGAAACCAAAAACGCAUGGGCGACAACCCAACCAUCACUCGGUGAAACUUCCCUACUGUCAACUUUCUGUCGCCACUCCACGUCGAUUUUGGUAGCAGCCGC